CAGUGGUCCCCGGAUCCUCGCCCCGAUCCACGUUCCAGACCCCGGCGCCCGAGGGCCAUGGCCGGCCAAGGGGACUGCUGCGUCAAGGUGGCCGUCAGGAUCCGGCCGCAGCUGUCAAAGGAGAAAAUUGAGGGCUGUCACAUCUGCACCUCCGUCACCCCGGGCGAGCCCCAGGUGCUUCUGGGGAAGGACAAGGCCUUCACCUACGACUUCGUCUUUGACCUGGACACCUGGCAGGAGCAUGUCUAUGCGACCUGCGUGCGCAGACUUGUCGAGGGCUGCUUCGAGGGCUACAAUGCCACCGUGCUGGCCUAUGGGCAGACGGGGGCGGGGAAGACGUACACCAUGGGUACCGGCUUCGACACGGUGACGGCCGAGGAGGAGCAGGGCAUCAUCCCGCGGGCCAUUGCGCACCUGUUCGGGGGCAUCGCCGAGCGCAAGCAGCGGGCACAGGAGCAGGGCGUGGCUGAGCCGGAGUUCAAAGUCAGCGCUCAGUUCCUGGAGCUCUACAACGAGGAGAUCCUGGACCUGUUCGAUGGCACCCGGGACCCCGACGCCCGCCACCGCAGGUCCAACAUCAAGAUCCACGAGGACGCGAACGGUGGCAUCUACACCACAGGCGUCACCUCCCGCCUCAUCAACUCCCAGGAGGAGCUGAUCCAGUGCCUGCGGCAGGGCGCCCUGUCCCGCACCACAGCCAGCACCCAGAUGAACGUGCAGAGCUCCCGUUCGCACGCCAUCUUCACCAUCCACGUCUGCCAGAUGCGCGUCUGCGCCCAGCCCGAGCCGGUGGCGGAGGUGGUGACCGGGCUCCCGGAGGGCGCCGCUCCCAGGAGGGAGUAUGAGACGCUCACAGCCAAGUUUCACUUCGUGGACCUGGCCGGCUCUGAGCGGCUGAAGCGGACGGGGGCCACCGGCGAGCGGGCCAAGGAGGGCAUCUCCAUCAACUGCGGCCUGCUGGCUUUGGGCAACGUGAUCAGUGCCUUGGGGGACCAGAGCAAGAAGGUGGUCCACGUGCCCUACAGGGACUCCAAGCUCACCCGGCUCCUCCAGGACUCGCUCGGGGGCAACAGCCAGACCAUCAUGAUCGCCUGUGUGAGCCCUUCGGACCGGGACUUCAUGGAGACGCUCAACACACUCAAAUAUGCCAACCGGGCCCGAAACAUCAAGAACAAGGUGGUGGUGAACCAGGACAAGACCAGCCAGCAGAUCAGCGCGCUGCGAGCCGAGAUCGCGCGGCUGCAGAUGGAGCUCAUGGAGUACAAGGCGGGCAAGAGGGUGAUUGGGGAGGACGGCAGCGAGGGCUACAGCGACCUGUUCCGGGAGAACGCGAUGCUGCAGAAGGAGAACGGGGCCCUGCGCCUGCGCGUGAAGGCCAUGCAGGAGGCCAUCGACGCCAUCAACAGCCGCGUCACCCAGCUCAUGAGCCAGGAGGCCAGCCUGCUGCUGGCCAAGGCCGGUGACAGCAACGAGGCCAUCGGCGCGCUGAUCCAGAGCUACAUCCGGGAGAUCGAGGAGCUGCGGACGAAGCUGCUGGAGAGCGAGGCCAUGAACGAGUCCCUGCGUCGCAGCCUCUCCCGGGCCUCAUCGCGGGGCCCCUGCUCCCUGGGGGCCUCUCCGGCCGCUCCGGGCUUCGGCGGCAGCCCCGCCAGCUCCCUGGAGGACGCCUCCGAGGUCAUCCGCCGGGCCAAGCAGGACCUGGAGCGCCUCAAGAAGAAGGAAAUCCGGCAGCGGAGAAAGAGCCCAGAGAAGGAGGCCUUCAAAAAGAGGGCGAAACUCCAACAGGAAAACAGCGAGGAGACGGACGAGAAUGAAGACAACGAGGAGGAGGAGGAGCCAGACGAGAGCGGCUGUGAAGAGGAGGAAGGGCGUGAGGACGAGGACGAGGACUCGGGCAGCGACGAGAGCCUGGCAGACUCGGACUCGGACGCCGAGGGGAAGGAGGUCAACUACCAGGCCGACCUGGCCGACUUGACGUGCGAGAUCGAGAUCAAGCAGAAGCUGAUCGACGAGCUGGAGAACAGCCAGCGGCGGCUGCAGACGCUCAAGCACCAGUACGAGGAGAAGCUGAUCCUGCUGCAGAACAAGAUCAGGGACACGCAGCUGGAGCGUGACCGGGUGCUGCAGAACCUCAGCACCAUGGAGUGCUACACCGAGGAGAAGGCCAACAAGAUCAAGGCCGACUACGAGAAGCGGCUCCGCGAGAUGCACCGCGACCUGCAGAAGCUGCAGGCCGCGCAGAAGGAGCACGCGCGGCUGCUCAAGAACCAGUCCCGCUACGAGAGGGAGCUGAAGAAGCUGCAGGCCGAGGUGGCCGAGAUGAAGAAGGCCAAGGUGGCCCUGAUGAAGCAGAUGCGUGAGGAGCAGCAGCGGCGGCGGCUGGUGGAGACCAAGAGGAACCGGGAGAUCGCGCAGCUGAAGAAGGAGCACCGGCGACAGGAGUUCCAGAUCCGAGCCCUGGAGUCCCAGAAGCGGCAGCAGGAGCUGGUCCUGAGGCGGAAGACCCAGGAGGUGUCCGCCCUGAGGCGCCUGGCCAAGCCCAUGUCUGACCGGGUGGCCGGGCGCGUGGGGCCGAAGCCGCCCAUGCUGGACUCGGGGGCCGAGGUGUCGGCCAGCACCUCGUCGGAGGCUGAGUCGGGGGCCCGCUCGGUCUCCACCAUCGUGCGCCAGUGGAACCGAAAAAUCAACCACUUCCUGGGGGACCACCCCGCCUCCAGCGUCCACGGCGCCCGCCCUGCCAGAAAGAAGCUCCAGAAGAAGGGCACCAGCCAGAGCUACAGCAAGGCCGCGCGGCUCAAGUGGCAGUCGCUGGAGCGGAGGAUCAUCGACAUCGUCAUGCAGCGGAUGACCAUCGUCAACCUGGAGGCCGACAUGGAGCGGCUCAUCAAGAAAAGGGAGGAGCUGUCCCACCUGCAGGAGGCGCUGCGGCGGAGGCGGGAGCGGCUGCAGGCCGAGAGCCCAGAGGACAAGGCGCUGCAGGAGCUGGCCGAGGAGAUGGAGGUGCUGGCGGCCAACAUCGACUACGUCAACGACAGCAUCUCCGACUGCCAGGCCACCAUCGUGCAGCUGGAGGAGACCAAGGAGGAGCUGGACUCCACAGACACGUCGGUGGUCAUCAGUUCCUGCUCCCUGGCCGAGGCCCGCCUCCUGCUGGACAACUUCCUCAAGGCGUCCAUUGACAAGGGGCUGCAGGUGGCCCAGAAGGAGGCCCAGAUCCGGCUGCUGGAGGGGCGGCUGAGGCAGACGGACAUCGCAGGCUCCUCCCAGAACCACCUGCUCCUGGACGCUCUGCGCGAGAAGGCGGAGGCCCACCCCGAGCUCCAGGCCCUCAUCCACAACGUGCAGCAGGAGAACGGCUACGCCAGCACAGAUGAGGAGGUCUCAGAGUUCUCCGAGGGCAGCUUCUCACAGUCAUUCACCAUGAAAGGUUCCACCAGCCACGAUGAUUUCAAGUUCAAGGGGGAGCCCAAGCUGUCGGCCCAGAUAAAGGCCGUGUCGGCCGAGUGCCUGGGGCCCCCGCUGGACGUCUCCACCAAGAACAUCACCAAGUCGCUGGCCUCGCUGGUGGAGAUCACAGAGGACGGCGCGGGCUUCUCCGUCCGAGACCCCUACUUCCGGGACAAGGUCUCGCGCACCGUCAGCCUGCCCACCAGAGGCAGCACCUUCCCCCGCCAGUCCCGAGGCGCCGACACGUCCCCCCUGACCCGGAGGAAGUCGUACGACCGGGGGCAGCCCGCCAGGUCCACAGACGUGGGGUUCACGCCCCCCUCGUCCCCUCCCACACGGCCACGCAAUGAUCGCAACGUCUUCUCCCGCCUCACCAGCCAUCAGAGCCAGGGGUCGGCACUGGACAAGUCUGACGACAGCGACUCCUCCGUGUCGGAGGUCCUGAGGGGCAUCAUCUCGCCAGUGGGAGGAGCCAAGGGCGGGCGGACGGCCCCGCUGCAGUGCGUCUCCACGGCCGAGGGCCACACCAAGCCUGUCCUCUGCCUGGACGCUACGGACGAGCUGCUCUUCACGGGCUCCAAAGACCGCAGCUGCAAGAUGUGGAACCUGGUCACGGGGCAGGAGAUCGCCGCCCUGAAGGGCCACCCCAACAACGUGGUCUCCAUCAAGUACUGCAGCCACUCGGGGCUUGUGUUCUCCGUGUCCGCCGCCUACAUCAAGGUGUGGGACAUCCGGGACUCGGCCAAGUGCGUCCGGACCCUCACGUCCUCAGGCCAGGUGAUCUCCGGGGACGCCUGCGCGGCCACGCCCACCCGUGCUGUCAGCGGCGCUCAGGGCGAGCACCCGAUCAACCAGAUCGCGCUCAGCCCCUCGGGCACCGCGCUGUACGCCGCCUCGGGCAACGCUGUCCGCAUCUGGGAGCUCGGCAGGUUCCAGCCCGUCGGCAAGCUGACCGGCCACAUCGGGCCCGUCAUGUGCCUGACGGUCACCCAGACGGCCAGCCAGCACGACCUGGUGGUGACCGGCUCCAAGGACCACUACGUCAAGACGUUCGAGCUGGGGGAGUGCGUGGCCGGCACCAUCGGCCCCACCCACAACUUCGAGCCUCCGCACUAUGACGGCAUCGAGUGCCUGGCCAUCCACGGGGACAUCCUCUUCAGCGGCUCCCGGGACAAUGGCAUCAAGAAGUGGGACCUGGAGCAGCAGGAGCUCAUCCAGCAAAUCCCCAACGCACACAAGGACUGGGUGUGUGCCCUGGCCUUCGCCCCGGGCCGCCCCACGCUGCUGAGUGCCUGCCGCGCGGGCGUCAUCAAGGUCUGGAACGUGGACAACUUCACGCCCAUCGGCGAGAUCAAGGGCCACGAGAGCCCCGUCAACGCCAUCUGCACCAACUCCAAGCACAUCUUCACCGCCUCCAGUGACUGCCGGGUGAAGCUGUGGACUUACGUCCCUGGACUCACCCCCUGCCUUCCUCGCCGGGUCCUGGCCAUAAAGGGCCGUGCCACCACCCUGCCCUGACCCCGCCUCCUCUCGCCCUCCCCUCUCCC